AUGCCACCAAAAAGAAAGGCAGAGGCAGCCGUGCAAAGCGGCGCGAAGGCUGGGAGGUCUUCGCGCAUGUCUACUCCUGGUGCGGCAACACCUCGAAGUCUGGAUAGCAACGAAGAGUUGGAGGAGGAUGACGGGCCAGUCGACGAAGUUCUCGAGCGUGACAUCGACAAAAACAUCGACUUAUUCUCCCUAGAUCGCUUCCAGAAGAGACAUGCGAUUCGGGAACCGCUUCCGCAUAUUUUUGGUGACCGUGACUUCUCGUACCUGGAUCUAAAGAAGGACCACCAGAAUCGUCCCCUCUGGAUCGACCCCCAGAAAGGCAGAAUCAUCCUGGAGAGUUUCAACCCUCUUGCAGAACAGGCGCAGGAUUUUCUCAUCACGAUUGCUGAGCCGCUCUCUCGACCGACCUUUAUGCACGAGUAUGCCUUGACGACGCAUAGUUUGUACGCCGCCGUAUCCGUGGGCUUGUCUCCCUCCGACAUCAUCAAUACAUUGGAACGCUUUCUCAAAACGCCUCUUCCGGAUGAGAUUCGAUCAUUCAUCACUAGUUGCACUCAGAGCUACGGAAAGGUGAAGCUCGUUUUGAAGAAUACCAAAUACUAUGUCGAAAGCCCGGAUCCUGAAAUGCUCCAAAUGCUGCUCAAGAACCCUACGAUUGGUCCGCUUCGAGUUCAGGGUACUGAGGAAAUUACCACAUCUGCCGCUCCAAAGAUUGGCGCUUUGGUCAUUCCAGGCACCAAGAAUGCUGCCGGCGUUAAACAGGCUAAUGGCCUAUCUCAAGGUGGCGAGCAGCAGAAUGGUCAGGCAGUCAACGAAGGCGAUGUCUUGGCAACCCUCAACGAAGAAGAUGACGAAGACCAAGAGGUUACGCACUCGUUUGAGAUUGCUGACAAGGAUGUAGAAACUGUCCAAAAGGAAUGCUUGAGCCUUGGAUACCCCGUGUUAGAGGAAUACGAUUUCCGUAGAGACGAGGUCAACUCAAAUCUGGAGAUUGACCUCAAGCCUGGCACCCAAAUUCGGCCGUAUCAAGAAAAGAGUCUAAGCAAGAUGUUUGGCAAUGGCCGAGCAAAGAGUGGACUGAUUGUCUUGCCUUGUGGUGCCGGCAAGACACUUGUCGGUAUCACCGCUGCCUGCACCAUCAAGAAGGGAGUCAUCGUUCUUUGCACUAGCUCUAUGUCAGUCGUUCAGUGGAGGAAUGAAUUCUUGAAGUGGUCAAACAUCAACCCCGACGAUAUUGUUGCAUUUACGUCCGAUUCCAAAGGAUCCGUCUUCACUGGGAGUACAGGUAUUAUCGUUACAACUUACUCCAUGGUGACACAGUCGCGAGCCCGAUCAUACGAUGCCGAUAAAAUGAUGAAGUUUCUCACUGGGCGAGAAUGGGGUCUUAUGCUCUUGGAUGAGGUGCACGUCGUCCCUGCCAACAUCUUUCGAAAAGUCACGUCUUCGAUAAAGACUCAUUCUAAGCUUGGUCUCACUGCCACUCUUCUUCGAGAAGAUGACAAGAUUUCUGAUUUGAACUUUUUGAUUGGACCGAAGCUCUUUGAGGCAAAUUGGAUGGAGCUGUCCAAACAGGGACAUAUUGCCAGAGUGCAGUGUGCAGAAGUGUGGUGUCCCAUGCCUACCGAGUUUUACGACGAAUAUCUACGGGCGCCAUCCAGGAAGAAGAACUUGCUGUACAUAAUGAAUCCUCGCAAGUUUCAGGCCUGUCAAUAUCUCAUCAACUAUCAUGAGGCUAGAGGGGACAAGAUCAUUGUCUUCUCAGACAAUGUGUAUGCUCUGAAAGCGUAUGCUCUAAAGCUAGGCAAAGCAUUCAUCUAUGGAGGCACUGGGCAACCCGAGCGUUUGAAGGUCUUGGAGAACUUCCAGCACAACCCCCUCGUCAACACAUUGUUUCUCUCCAAGAUUGGCGAUACGUCACUUGAUUUGCCAGAAGCUACUUGUCUCAUUCAAAUUUCGUCUCAUUAUGGCUCUCGACGUCAAGAGGCUCAACGACUGGGCCGUAUCUUGCGAGCCAAACGACGAAAUGACGAGGGUUUCAAUGCGUUCUUUUACUCCUUGGUCUCAAAGGACACACAAGAGAUGUACUUUUCAUCCAAACGCCAAGCGUUUCUGGUAGAUCAGGGCUAUGCUUUCAAGGUCAUUACCCAGCUGGCCAAUAUAGAAAAGACCCCAGGAUUGGCAUUUGCCACUGCCGGCGAACGACGAGAGUUGCUGCAAAAAGUCUUAGUGGAGAAUGAGUCGAUGGAAGACGAAGACAUCACAGACGAUCUUUUCCACAGUGGCACCAUGGGCCGCAAAAAGAAGAAGGGUGCCCGCAGGACAGCGGGCACGCUAGGCGAACUAAGUGGUGGUCAGGAUAUGGCGUAUAUUGAGCAGAAUAAGAGAGUGAAUCAGGGACUCAAGAAGGGCAAGGGUAAGAAAGAGAGCAAUGCGUUCUUCAAAAAGAUUGGACGAGAGAAUGCUAGACGGGCAGCUGCUCAGUAA